UCGGCCACGCUCAGCCACGGCGGCCGAUUCAUCCAGUACAACAUUUUCGGCAACAUUUUCGAGGUCACCUCCAAAUACAAACCCCCAAUCAUGCCAAUUGGAAAGGGCGCCUACGGGAUCGUGUGCUCGGCGUUGAAUUCGGAGACUGGGGAGCAAGCUGCGAUCAAGAAGAUUGCGAAUGCUUUUGAUAAUAAGAUUGAUGCGAAAAGGACAUUGAGGGAGAUCAAGCUUUUGAGGCACAUGGAUCAUGAAAAUGUUGUGGCAAUCAGAGACAUAAUACCACCUCCAGUGAGGGACUCAUUCAAUGAUGUCUACAUUGCGUAUGAGUUAAUGGAUACUGAUCUGCACCAAAUCAUUCGCUCCAAUCAACCUUUAUCAGAAGAACAUUGUCAGUAUUUUCUCUAUCAGAUCCUCCGUGGCUUGAAAUAUAUACAUUCAGCAAAUGUCCUUCACAGAGACUUAAAGCCAAGCAACCUUCUCUUAAAUGCAAACUGUGAUCUGAAGAUAUGUGACUUUGGGCUUGCUCGGACUACUGCUGAAACAGACUUCAUGACAGAAUAUGUUGUUACCAGAUGGUACCGAGCACCAGAACUAUUGUUGAAUUCUUCAGAGUACACGGCAGCAAUUGAUGUUUGGUCAGUUGGAUGUAUAUUUAUGGAACUUAUGGACCGAAAACCUUUAUUCCCUGGAAGAGACCAUGUUCAUCAGCUACGUUUGCUCAUGGAGCUCAUUGGGACCCCAGAUGAGGCUGACUUGGAAUGUGUGAAUGAAAAUGCAAAAAGAUACAUCCGACAACUUCCUCCUCAUGCACGGCAAUCAUUUCAGGAAAAGUUUUCCCAUGUUCAUCCAGCAGCUAUUGAUCUUGUUGAAAAAAUGCUGACAUUUGAUCCUAGAAAGAGAAUUACUGUUGAAGAAGCUCUAGCACAUCCCUAUCUCACAUCUCUGCAUGAUAUCAGCGACGAGCCAGUAUGCACAAUGCCCUUCAGCUUUGACUUCGAGCAGCAUGCUUUAUCAGAAGAACAAAUGAAGGAGCUCAUUUACAGGGAGGCCCUUGCUUUCAACCCUGAGUACCGGCAAUAAGAAAUUGUCUGCUCCUACUUACUUUCUUCACAUUUAGUUUGCGUAGUUUUUGUGUAUCCUGCCCACUUUUGACUCCUUGAUGUAAAUACGUGCAUCAAAAAGCCCAUUCGCCUUGUUUAUUCAAAGGGCAUGUGGCACCUUGUGAGAUUCAAGGGUUCUUAGGUGGCUGCGUGUGCUUUUGUGUAUUAUUUGCUGAUAUUUAUUUCGAUUAACCAUUCUAAGUGUACGAGAUUGGUAAAAGAAUCAUGUAAGUUGUAUGCGAGUCAAUGACCUAAUUGAUCAAAUGGACAGUGUAGAGUUUUAUUUCGUAA